AGUAGGUUAUUCUGUUCACUGGCAAUUAUUAGGCCACAGGGAUCCUCUUAUCAAAACCAAAAGGUUUAUUGAGAUUGUUUCUUCACUUCCCACUCUUGAACUGGUGUCCUAGUUCACAGUCUGGCCGAUACAGCCAUCUGGCUUUCUUUUGAUUGUGGCUCUUUUGGCCGGGGGAGUCAUAUGCAGACCUGCUACACGCAAAAGUAAAGCCUGAGCACAUGGUUUUGGGGACAGAAAGUUAAUUUCAGGCCAGGAAAAAAAAACAAAACAAAACUGUAUUUCUGGAGUUUCUAACAGAUGGAUUCUUUUAUAAAUUAUUGUGAAAAAUUAUAAUUCUUUUAUUUAAAACUGACAGACUCCUGUGUUAAAAUAGAUAUGUUCUUUUUUUUCUUUCACUUGUUUAAAAGAAAAUCAAUAGUGUCCCCACAAAAGUCUUGAGAAUGUUAUUCAUAUGAAUAUUAGACCACAUAUAUCUGUAAAAAAAAGGAAUCAGAAUUGUGUUUUCUGGCUUUUUUGUUUUGUUUUGUUUUGCUUAAAUUAAAAGUAAGGUAAGUAGAGUCUCUGAAAUAACCUAAAAGAAAAACUUUUUAGCUAUUUAUCCUCGGAGGUUGGAAAAUGAAGUGUCCUGAUUAAAUUUUUUGCCUAUCACUUUUAGUUUUUACCUAUCAUAUACAGUUUUUAGAGAAUCAAGGAACAAAAUACAUUUAACAAUAUAAAAAUAUGAAAUCAUGAUGAAUAUUAUUUAAUUUUUGAUCCAAAGAACACUUCAGAAUAUUAUAGUGUCCCAAGGGUUGUUACGAACAUCAGUAUUGACCAAAACAAACAAAAAACACCUGUCGCUGUCGAGUCAGUUCCGACUCAUAGCUACUCUAUAGGACAGAGUAGAACUGCUCCAUGGGGUUUCCAAGGAGCGGCCAGCUGGUGGAUUCAAACUGCUGACCUUUUGGUUAGCAGCUGUACCUACCACUUAACCAGUACACCACCAGGGUUUCCUCAGUAUUAACCAGUAAUGUGAAAUUAUAUAUGUUUUCAUCUUUCUAGUUAUCUGAUUUCAAGAUAAACUAAAGUCUCUGGCCAGUUUAAGUGUUCAAGUUCCAUCAAUGUUCAUGAACACAAAAGGCAUAGUAUAUGCUAAUGCCUCAGAAGAGGCGGUCUUUGUAGACCUUUAAUCUUUAAAAUUUCCCACUGGUGAAAUUUCUUUCAUAGACAUCUCUAGCUUAACUUCUAAACUCACUCUAAUUAUGACAGUGAUGGCUCCAAAAUACUGUAGACUCUGUUGGUAUCUAUUAGAAAUUAAAAGGAGUGUGUUCAGAUCCCUAAGGUUGGAAAUUUUAAAAAUCGAUAACCCUUUGUAACGUGUGUUUUUUCUUUGUAUUAGCCAUCCAGUAUCGUACUAGAAGAGGACCACAAAGCAGAAGAACCCUGUGCCAUUACAAAUAACACAGAAGCUUUUAGUGCCAAAGCCCCACUGUUUCAAUUGUGGUUCGGAAGAGCAUCAAAUGAAAGAUUGCCCAAUGCCUCGGAAUGCUGCUCGAAUAUAUGAAAAGAGAAAAGAGUUCUUGGAUGCCUGUGGUGAGGCAAACAAUCAGAAUUUUCAGCAGCGGUACCACGCAGAAGAAGUGGAAGAAAGAUUUGGAAGAUUCAAGCCAGGAGUUAUUAGUGAGGAGCUUCAGGAUGCACUUGGGGUGACGGACAGGAGUCUCCCACCUUUUAUAUAUCGAAUGCGCCAACUGGGAUACCCACCAGGUUGGCUCAAAGAGGCUGAACUGGAAAAUUCAGGGCUUGCACUCUAUGACGGAAAAGAUGGUGCUGAUGGGGAGGCAGAAGCUGGCGAAGUACAACAGAAUAAAAGCGUCACUUACGAUCUCUCCAAACUGGUAAACUAUCCAGGUUUUAAUAUAUCUACUCCCAGAGGAAUUCCAGAUGAGUGGAGGAUGUUUGGUUCCAUACCCAUGCAGGCAUCCCAGCAGAAGGACGUGUUUGCCAGCUUCCUUAGUUCUAACUUCCAAACGCCAAGCAUGAGGUCCGGCAGUAAGAGGUCUUCGUCUCAGUCCAGCCCUUGUAGUCCAAAGAAGCAGAGGAAGGAAAGCAGCUCAGAAGCAUCCCCUGCUGACAUGGAGCUCGACUCGGAUGUGGAGUUGGCACACGUUUCUCAGAGCAGUGAUGCUUUUCAGUUUCAACCCCCACUGCCUCCUGGCACUCCUCCCAUCUUCACGCCACCUCUCCCCAAGGGUACCCCACCAGUGACGCCCAGUGACUCACCCCAGACCCGAGCAGCCUCUGCAGCGAUGGAUGAGGACGCCCUGACGCUGGAAGAACUUGAAGAGCAGCAGAGGCGGAUAUGGGCGGCUCUGGAACAGGCUGAGAGUGUCAACAGUGAUUCUGAUAUUCCUGUUGACACACCUCUAACUGGGAAUUCUGUUGCCUCUUCACCUUGUCCAAAUGAACCAGACCUCCCCGUUCCUGAGGGAAGACCAUCUGAAAAGCAGUUGCCAGAUGAAGCCAAGGUGCCACUUGAAGCUGAGGUGCCACAGGAAGCCGAGGUGCCCAGCACUUGUACAGAGAAAUCUCAAGUUGAACAUUCCCCAGCGAGUCCAGAUGCCGAGGCUCCUUUGCUUUGUCAGAAGGAAAAGGAAGAGUCUGCUCAGGUCGACUCUCAAGGUGUUCUUCUCAAUAAUGGCAGUGUCAUGUCAAACUGUGACAUUAGCAACGGGGGCAGCCAGAAUCUUCUUCCUCCAGGCGCCAGUCCUUCCCCAGCCACUAAAACUCAUAGUCCGAUACCUGACAUGAGCAAGUUUGCAACAGGAAUAACUCCAUUUGAAUUUGAGAAUAUGGCAGAAUCUACUGGAAUGUAUCUCAGGAUAAGAAACUUGUUAAAGAACUCACCCCGAAACCAGCAAAAAAACAAAAAGGCUUCUGAAUAAGGCUUGCCACCACACCAACAACUAUUUAAUUAUCUCUCACUUUUUGUUCUGUUAAUUAGUACUAAGUGGACAGAUAAAAUUGUUUUUGUAUUUGUCCCUGUCAUGUUUAAAAAUCUAUCCCAGGCUGCAUUGUGGUCUACAGCCAACCAAGCCUGUUUUUAAGGAACGGAAAGACUAGACCCGCUAGUUUACUACAUAUUUUAUUCUCUCCAGCAAAAACUUGGGUUAGGAGCAGGUUUAGAGAUGGUUUGUUAAGGUUUAUAGUAUUUUUGGAUUGUGAGUUUCGUCGGAGUGAUGGUUUUUAUCUGUCUUUUGUACAUUGUUUUCCCUUUCUACAUUUUGCUAACUAUCCUGUACAUAAGUUUAAUAUAUCACUUUUUAAAAGAAAAAAUAAUUCUAACCAUUUUAAAGUCGUAUUUCAACUCCAGCAACCAAA